AUGGAGUCAUUUUGGUCUUCAAGCAUCCCAGCUGCCUCGGGUCAUGAGAAGCCACGUCAAGGCCGCCUUCACUACUGUAAUGUCUGUAACUACAAAACGGAUCAGUCGUCUAACCUGAAGGUGCACCUGAGGGUUCAUACAGGCGAGCGACCAUUUAAAUGCCAUCUAUGCGCCAAGAGCUUCUCAGUAAACAGCUCGCUGAAGAAACACCUGAGCACGCACACGGGCGAGCGGCCAUAUCAAUGCUACUAUUGCCCCAGGAGCUUCUCAAUCAGGGACACACUGACGAAUCACUUGCGCAUUCAUACGGGCGAUCGGCCGUACAAGUGCCACAUAUGCCCUGACAGCUUCUCACAAAAAAGUUCGCUGCAAUAUCACCUGCUUACUCACUCAAAUGAGCAAUCGUAUAAAUGUCCUUCGUGCCCUCAGACAUUUCAGCUCAAAGACAGCCUCCGGAAACAUGUGUAUCGCGAUCACCCAUCGCGGCCUUCCAGCAUUCCAGUAGCCGCAGAUGUGGAGACGCUACGUGAGGGAAAUCUCUACCGCUGCAACGUCUGUGGCUACGUAAGUGAUCAGCCGAGCACUAUGAAGGUACACCUGAGAGUUCAUACUGGCGAGCGACCAUUCAAGUGCCAGUUCUGCACCAAGAGCUUCUCGGUAAACAGCACUCUAACGAAGCAUAUGCGCAUCCACACAGGCGAGCGUCCGUAUAAGUGUGACUUUUGUCCCCAAAGCUUCUCGCUUAUGAGCACACUGCACAACCACCGGCGCACCCACACGGGUGAGCGGCCGUAUAAGUGCAACCUGUGCCCCCGGAGCUUCUCGGUAAAGCGCACAUUAAAUAACCACCUGCUCACCCAUACGGGCGAGCGACCGUACAAAUGCAUCAUAUGCCCUUCCAGCUUCAAGGAUAGCUUCUCACUGCAACACCACCUGCGUGGCCUUCAUGCCCUCAGUCAAGACAGCCUCAACGAACUCAUGUGUCACUAUGAAUGUGAAUGAUGAUUUCAGUGCAAGUUCUGCCUUCUGAACUUUUUUUUUUGCAUAGGCAAGGAGUAGCAGUAUAGCUGUGGAUGUAGUAGUAGUGCCAUUGCUUCAUCAUUGUCCCUAGAGCUGUCGUGUGCACUAUAGUGAAGUGUUACUUGUUUUGAUUACAGUCGUGAUAGUUAUUUAUGGUGUUCUUGAUUGACAAGUUUAAUAAUCAUUAUGUUAUUAACACUAUGAAAACUUGUGCAUUUGUGCUAAUGAGCUUCCGUAGCUGUGCUUUGUGACCGGCAAUACUUAUGUGCAAUCUACUUACCCGUACAAAGGAAGACGUACCACGAAUACUAUGAUGAUAAUAUUCAAUGAUGAUGAUAUGAUUGAUACGUAAUAAUGUUGUUCUUGGCCUGUGUUUGAAGUGAUCAAGUGAUGUUACCUGAGCAUUUUUUAUAUAAAAUCAGAGUACAAGACACUAGUUAAUUGAAAAUGAUUGAGCCAGUGGAAGUGUGUGCUACUGAUUGCCCUGUUUCUGAGUGAGUGGCGUAAUGAUGUUUAUUAACGUAAAAGCAACAGCAGGGCAAGAAUGCCGAUGCUGUGCUCGAAUGAUUAGAGAAACAAGCAUUAAACCAAGUUUGGUAGCUUGGGUUAUAUAGUCACCUGUCGUGAUGUCAGCCUCCUGUGGAAGAGUGGUGGCGCUGUCCGUUAUCAGAUGCGCGUUCCAUCAUGCAGCUGAGUCACGCUGGCUGCGCCGGUUUGUACGCAGUGUGUCGCCUCACGUACAACCACAAUAUAGAGUGAUAAUAACUGCUACAAACCUUAUUUUGUACAAUGACAUGAACAAUAUUGUAUCAAAAACAUGACCAUUUUCGGGAGAAAUGAAUGUCACGUCGUUUUUGUAUUUUCUAAACAGCUGACUGUGUACUGCUACUAAAUUUUCAUUAGUAAGGACUGCGAUUUUGUUAGUUUUGGUUCAGUCUGUGUUACUGCUGCAUAACUGUAGGUGUUGCUUUGGAACGAUACAUUGCCGUUUCAUAUUAACCUAUGUUGUUGCAUCUGCACACUCUAUGUGUGAGCUUUCGUGGAGCUACUUUUUGUUGCGUUUUAUUAUUAUGGUUCAGCUGUCUUAUUUGUCUUCCUGCAUACAAGCAUUUCUUUGUGACAAUUGAACAUUGAAACACUUGUCACUUGAUUGAUUCUGUUUGUUUUUUUAUCACUAGAGGCUGUAUUUAAAGGCACUAAAAACCGGGCUCUAGGUGCCAAAUAUAAGCGGACAAAGCACUUCUUUAGACCUCCAAACUCGUGAAAAUAGGCUCAAUAAUUUUUAGAGAAAUUCAAGUUUUCAGAGUACAUUCAUGAUCUGCGUCUACAACAGUAAAGCAAACAGAAAUGUUUGUUUAUUAUGGUACAAUGGCAGCAACAGGUCAGCGUAGCCAUGCAAUUUCGUUAUCGGCAGAGUUUGCGGAAUACGGUCUCUCCUAUUCUGGUCGAGCAGGUGACCUAAUUGUCCAUCUUUGAAUGAACACACUCCUGAGUCUCUAUUUUCAGCAUGGCUAAGAAAGGCAACACACGAGCAAAUCACACCCACCAAGUUCAACGAAUUUUUAUCUCAAAACCACAGUCCGUGCUUGCAGAUUAUACAUAUCAACAUGCAAUCAGCUGUGAACAAGAGAGACCAGCUACAGUCCCUUUUAUAUGGCUUUACCUGUUCCUUCGAUCUUGUUCUCUUAUCAGAAACAUGGUAUUGUUCAGAUAUCAUCGUAAUCCACUUCCUGACUAUGACUCAUUUUUUCUUAAUCGCCCUACAAAGUGCGGUGGAGGUGUUGUGUUGUUUGUCCAAAAUACGUACUCCUGUCAUGUUAUCUGAGCGCUGUUUCAGUGAUACAAACAUUGAAAUGCUGACAAUUAGUUCCGACAUCCUAGCUUUUUGUGUCGUUUACCGUCCUCCUCAAGGCAACUUAGGCAUGUUUUCUCACCGUUUUGAGCAUGGAUUGGCCUUUCUUUCUGAACAUUUUUCAACAUAUAUAGGCGGCGACAUUAAUGUAGACAUGAGUCCAAGCAGUCCCGCGCAAGAAGAAUUGCUAAUUACUCUACAGACAGACAAUAAACUUUAUUUCAUCCUGAGGAGCUUUCGCGGGAAACCCUAUCGGGGACCCACGGAACCCGCUGGCCGAGUCCAGGUCGGGGUUGGGACACCUUAAUGUUCCGCCCUUUCUUGGGCCCUCUGGAUUGCCUGGAUUUGUGCCUGGAGCGAUUGGCUGCGGAGUGCCUCUUCCCAGUCGGCUUCGCUAGAUAGAGGGCCGUUAGGUAACACGGGGCAUUGCCAAAGCAUGUGCGCUAAGGAACGAUAAGUUUCAUUACAUUCCGGACAACUUGAGUCAACAUCUGUGGAGAUACGACUGAGAAGGCCCCGCGAGGGGAACGAGCCCGUCUGGAGCAUUCUAAGUGUAAUUGACUGAUACCUAUCUAAGUUCGGGGUGAGGAAGAGGGUAGGCCCUUCUACUUAGCCGAUAGUGAGAUGUGAUUUCAUUAAACGUAAGGAGUGGAUCGUUAUACUGGAUUUCAUCAUGACCCCAUAAGGCCUCCAUGCCGCCGCGGCGCGUUAUAUCUCGCGCACGGUCAUGGGCAAGCUCAUUGAGGUUAGGUACGUGCUGAUGAACGUCCGCACCCAUAUGGGCGGUAAACCAAGAGAUUAAGUGAGUGCCAGGGUCUGUUCUUUUUUCUAGAAUAGAGGCAGCCUCUCGUGCUAGGUUACUCGACUCAAAAGCUUUAAUGGCCGCUCGUGAGUCUGUUAACACAAUGGUGUGUGAGCGACCGGUCAUGCCCAAGGCUAUGGCGACCUGUUCUGCAACUGCGCUCGUAGCUAACCUGACCAAGGCUGAGGAGCGUAAUUCCCUGUUGCCGUCAAUGACUGCCAGCACGAAUGUGCUAGACUUGCCGUACUGAGCCGCGUCAACGAAGACAGUCGAUUCUCGGCGGCGUUCUGUAAUAUCGCCCGUGCUCGUGCUUUUCGCCUCCCUACAUUGUAUUGCGGGUGCAUAUUUCGAGGGAAUGGACUGACCAGAAAAGUUUUCCGGGCCUCCAGGGAUAAGGUAAUUUCCUGUUCAGCAAGCAUUCUGGGAGCCAUGCCAGCCUCGUCCAGGAUGCGUCUUCCUGCCCUGGUUGACGAGAGCCUGACCACCUGGGUGGUGACCUGCGCUUCGAUCACUUCAUAAAUCUCGUGCAUACCGAGUUGUCUUAAUUUGUCAGAGCAUGUGGUUACUGGUGACCCCAGUACCGUUUUGAUGCUCUUACAGAUGAGAGUGUCUAGCUUAUUUUUUUCUGUUCUAGUCCAGGUAAGGGCCAAUGCUACAUAAUUAAUGUGGCUCAUUAGGAAGGCAUGAUGGAUCUGAAGUAGGUUGGCUUCACUGAGUCCCUUUCUGCAUCCUGAUACUCUAGCAACAAGUCUUAGCAUGCUUUCGAUUUUGGCCGUGAUUUUCGUCAGGGUUUUAGUGUUACACCCUCUCGCGUCAAUCAGUAGUCCUAGGAUUUUGAUUGAAUCUACUUGUGAAAUGCGCUGUCCAUUUCUUGCAAAAAAGGAAAUGGAAAUUUGGUCCAGGUGUGGAAGUCUCCUAACGCCUUGCCUGGCCAGCCUGUACAGAAACAGUUCUGAUUUGUUUGGAGAGAGUUGGAGGCCUGUGCCUUCUAGGUAGGACUCCGUUUCGUCUAGGGCUGAUCGCAGCACGUUUUCUACUUCUGUGAGUGAUCUUCCGGGCACCAGAUCGUGUUAUCGUCCGCGUAAAGCGAGUGGCCUAUAUUGGGCAGGGAUCUGAGCCUCUCCGAUAAGCCCUUCAUGACUAUAUUGAAUGAUCACUCUACAGUUGGCAAGUUUUUGUAAUAUUAUCUGGGGCCCCACACGUGUCACCGUUAGUACUUCUACUAGCCUGGACUUAAUUCUAACAAUCGAUGAAAACAUGUUUCACGCCGGUCGUACUGCAGUAGAUAUUAGCGACCACCUGCCUAUCGUUGCUCUUAUUGAAAAGGAAUCUAGCCCCGAACACAUAUUAAAAGCAUGUCGACAGCUAAUUUCGGAGAAACGUCUUCAGCAAUUUAAAAAUCACAUUGCACUAGUCAACUGCUCAAUUGUUUUUCAGGAAGCCACAGCUGACGAUGCCUAUGACGAAUUUCUACAACUUUUUCUCCCUAUCUAUCAUGAAUGUUUUGUGAUUGUCAAUAUCUUGCCCGCUAAAAAUGCUCGUAAACCAUAGGUGACUGCUCGCCCUAUUCGACAAGUAAAAAAGAAAAACAAACUGUUCGCUAAAUUCCUGAAGAGUAAAGAACCCCAGGUUUUAGCUCGAUACAAGUCUUUGCGAAACCAGCUAAACAGAGAAAUUCGGGUAUCGAAGGUUGCCUACCUGUUUGAUAAAAACCUCGCUUGCAACCCAAAAGAAAAAUGGAAGAGGCUAGCAGCACUUCUAAACAGAAACACAGUCUCCCAGCAAAUCAAAAGUCGUAACAUUGACGGCAGGGAACUGACAGGUUCCUGUCUCGCCAAUGUUUUCAAUAAAUUUUUCUGUGAAGUUGGCGACAGUAAUUACAACUCUGGUUUUUACCGUUUUCUGGGCGACAGGGUGGGACCAUCUCUGUAUUUUUAAUCUACCGAUGAAGUCGAGGUUUUUUCGGUGUGCAGUAGUCUGAAAGAUACCCAAAGCCUUGAUUCAUGUAAUGUUCAAAGCCGGCCGAUAAAGUACAUGCUGUCUUUAAUUGUGCCUUGUCUUCUGCACAUGUAUAACUUAGUACUCAUGUUGGGACAAUUUCCGGUUGGAAUGCAACGUGCCAGAGUAGCGGUAAUUUACAAAAAAGACGACAAAAAUGUACCUGGAAAUUAUAGGCCAAUAUCUGUGCUCCCAUUUUUGUCGAAGGGGUUCGAACGCUUAAUUCAUCGACGGUUAUAUAACUUCCUUUUAAAAUACUCUUUAAUGGUUGAUUGCCAAUAUGGCUUCGCCAGAAACAGGUCUACUGAGCGUGCAUUGCUUGACCAAAAGGAGUACAUCUUAAAAAAUUUUGGAUCGGAGUUGCUAACCUUAGGCAUUUUAGUCGAUUUCAGUAAAGCGUUUGACUGUUUGAAUCAUGAGAUGCUAUUAAAAAAACUGAAGCACUAUGGUGUUCGUGGGCACGCCCUCAAACUUAUUACAUCCUACGUCAGUUCCCGCUCCCAAUACGUUGUAUUAAACCAUUGUCCCUCUGAAAACCUGAAGAUUAGAAAUGGUGUGCCCCAAGGCAGCCUUUUAGGACCCCUGCUUUUUAACGUGUAUAUAAAUGAUAUUUGCAACAUCAGUAAGGCCGUAAAAUAUAUCAUUUAUGCGGACGACACCAGCAUAUUCCUCUCUUCCCGUAAUAUUGUUGAACUAACAAGUGAGGCCAAUAGGGUAUUGACAUGAUUAACACAAUGGUCUUUCCUUAAUUCCUUAAAAAUAAAUAGGGGAAAAACUAAGGCUAUAAUAUUUCAUCCAAAAGGAAAAAAUGUCCUGAACCCACCUCGCUUUUUCUUAGAGAAUAGUGCCAUUGAAUAUGUUGACAAUUUUACGUCACUUGGCGUAGUGUUUAUUGGCACGAUGUCGUGAAACGCCCACGUAAGCAAAAUCUGUGUCGCACGUUCGAGGUUUAAUGGGAUAAUGUGGCACAACAAAGGUCUUUUACCUGCAAAAACUAAAUUGGAUCUCUAAUAUGCCUUUUUUUAUUCCCAUGUCAGUUACUGUUUCUUAGUAUGGGGGAACACUACGAUAACAAAUAUACAAAAACUUGUAAGUCUACUGAAGAAACUACUUUGUGCGGUUGCAAAUGUGUCCUGUGAUUCCCCAACUUUUGCUUUGUACCAGCAGUAUAAAAUUGUGAAAAUUGACCGCAUGUUCGACUACAAAUUUGCUGCCUUCUCUAAAAAAGCAGUCAGCCGAAAUGACCCCUUUUUUUCGAGUUUUGUAACGCCCACACAUCAUCACAAUCCGUACCCGACUUGCAAAACGAAUAAAUUUGUCUUACCAAGGUGUCGAGCAAAUUAUAGCUACAGUAUGCUAGCGCACAUUCUUCCAACCUAUCUCAACAGGCCAUUGUAUGAUGCCGUGACCCGCGUGUCAUUUAUUGCAUUUCGCAAUACCUUUGUAAUAUAAGGUGUAAGUGCAUUUUUGUAUAACAUGUAUUCACAACUUAAAUGUAUUCACACCAUUUUUGUAUGAGAUUGACUGUCAUUGCUUCCUAAGGAAAGUGCCUUACAUUGUAUGAAGCCGGAAGCCAAAGCGUCUUGUUUCUUGCUUUUAAUGUUUUUAAACUUUUUAACUGCGACUUUAGCCAGUGUAUCCUGUUUUUACUUCGCCUUGUAUUUCGUGAUAUGCUUGUAUGAACAACUGUUUCUGAUGUGUACAUAUUGGUUGUGAACAAAUGUUUCGAACGCCUGCAAUUAUUCGUGCUCUUUUUUGUUUCCUCUAAAUAAUGACAAUUGUUUUUCUUAAAAUUGCACAGUGUUGUUGCGUAUGCUGACAUGUAGGGGUGGCGAGGCUCGUCAAGCAGUUGUUAAUGACUGCUUUUUUCUUGCCAUCCUCAAUUUUUUUUUUGCCUGUAAAAAAAACUAAAAUAAACUGAUUGAUUGAUUGA